AUGGGUUAUGGUUGCAAGCGCAGCUUCACUCCCGAGACGGACGCGAGCUGUACCGCGUCACCGAAGCACGAAAUACUCGACGAAAGGGAGAAGAAGCCCUGCGGUAACCCUAGCAGCUGCACCGGCUUCAAAAAGCGUCGCAUCACGAAGUCUGAGAACCUGACGCUGGGCAGCCCAUGUAGUUCCUUAGAGUGCGCCCCGAACGGCACCGUCGCCGAAUACAUCCUCGAGUCAGGCAAGCCGCUCUCCCUCCCGCUGCGGCUGGCCUGGUGCCGUGAGACCGCCGAGGCCGUCGGCUGGAUCCACGCCCAUCGCGCCCUCCACUGCAACAUCCAGUCGACCAACCUGCUCCUGGACAAAGACCUGCACGUCAAACUCUCGGAUUUGCAGGACAAGCUCCUGGCCGAGGACACACGUGCCGUCACCGUGAGAUGCUGGGAGCAGCAGGACGAAUCGGCGGAGGAGGUGGUUAGGGAUCUCGAGGCCAUCGAACGGGAACAUGGGCGGUCCUCUGCCGCGUCGAUGCCGGGCUAG